GAAGAGGUGGCAAGAAGAGAAAGGCCUCUGUGGGUACGCAAUGUCACCUGCGGAUGGUGAUGUCUCAGAAAGCCUCUCUGAUAUUGACGAUGCAGAGGGUAAAAAUUAAUGAAAGACAAAAGCAGUGAUCCUGAAAAGGAAAGUUACCCCCUGCCCAUGAUCCGUCAGCUUUCUUCAAGAUCACUUCCAUCAUAGCCACUUGGUUGUUGGCUACCUUAACAGCAAGCAGGCGGCACUGUUUAAAAGAAUGAUUUGGGAAGCAAUGAACAAGGACUAUGAUAAGGAAAAGAGUAGAAAACGAGCUAGAAUGGCCAAGAAAGCUACUCGUGCUAAAAAGCCAGAAAAGGCUGUCAAAGUUUCUACUGUGAUGGAUACUAAGAAUAGGCUGAGUUCAAAAAUCAACUAUGAUGCUUUGGAUAAAUUAAAUGAAGAGCUUGGUUAUGCACCUGCAUUCGAAGAAGGCACAAAGUCUAAUUGUGGCAGUCCAGGUGAUAUGCAACUGUCAAAUGAGAAGAAGAAUUUUGAAGGCAGUCAUGAUGAUGAUUUUGAGCAUGAAAGUAAUGGAUACAGUGAAGAGGCUGAAGCCAGACAAGGCCAUGAUGAUGAUACAUAUGUUGCAAAUGACCAAUAUAAUGGAUGCAACUAUGAUGACGAAUACAAUUACGAUGAGGAAUGCGAUUUUGACGAAUUAUGACUCAAAUAAAAAAUGAUUCAGUUGUAUCAUGUUGCGAUCAAAAGGUUAAGCAAUUAAAUCUUCUGGUUUUUGAUAACUUUUUUGAUUGGUAUCAGUCUUGAGGAGAGAUGCAAUUGAGCGUUGCUUGCAUGUCAAACUAUGUGAACUAUAACCAUGAGCACAAAUUUGUAAAUUGAAACAUUGAAUGGUUGGUUCCAAGCUGUUCACACUUUAUUUAGUGUUGAGGGAAGCACCAGUUUGACAACAAUAUUUCCCCAACAUUGACAACACCAAAAGACUUCUUAAUAUUAUAUACAAGUCUGAUGAAUUUUUUU